GCAACACAUCCAUACAGUAUGAAGCCCUAUGGGCCACAGAGGCGCUAGGAAAAUCACGGAGCUGGGACCUUACCACCUCUCUCUCUCUCUCUGGCCGUCAGCGGACUCCUUUCUCUGCACACGUCUUUCUCUGAAAUGUGUGUGUGCGUGAAAGAGAGAGGAGGAAUAAAGUGUGUGUGUGCGUGUGAGGGUGCAUGUCCGGAGCAAGUAAAGGCAGGGGGAUUAUUCGGCGCUAUCGAAAUAUUUCAACACGUCGCCCUCGCUGCAGGACUGAAGCCAAUAAGAAGGAACGCAUUUUAACAGGAAUGCCGAUAUUGUAAACAGCAGCAGAGGAGAAAGAAUGCACUGCAGUCAAUUAAGUGACUCACCCAAGUUGGUUUAAUUCGGCUAAUGUCCGCAAGCCAGCGAGACACAGAAAGGUGUCCGAUGCGCGUCAAGCUCUGAAGAAAAACGGUCUCGCAGCACUUUUGAAGAAUAAUGGAGAGCAUUUUUACAUUUCUCUUUCCAGACUUUUGAUCACAACGCAGCAGACGACUGAAGAGACUCCCCGGCAACUCGUGAAAAAUAAGUGGAUGCUUAUUUCUGCAGAGCUGAAGGAGGAAUUUCCAAAGCUUUCCAACUUCUGAUCCUUUUUUCUUUUCCCGUUUUCUAUUUUGCCUCGAUUUGCUCCUCUUGUUACGCAGGCUACACUGCUGGCACAAAUACUGUUUCACAUCCAACCAGUCGUCUAUAGUUGUUGCCUGCACUUGGAUGAACUUCCUGAUGAGAGACCCAGUCAUACAGGGAUCAAGUAUGGCAUAUCAUCCGUUUAUACCUCACCGGGGUCCGGAAUUUGCCAUGAGUGCAAUGCUGGGUCACCAGCCUCCUUUCUUCCCGGCUCUGGCGCUCCCUCCCAGCGGCUCCCUCUCUCUGCCGGGCGCCCUGGGAAAGCCGAUCAUGGACCAGCUGAUGGGAGCCGCGGAGACCGGCCUCCACUUCUCUUCGCUGGGGCACCAGGCUGCUGCCGCCCACCUCAGGCCUCUCAAGACUCUGGAGCCUGAAGAGGAGGUUGAAGACGACCCUAAAGUUCACCUGGAAGCCAAGGAGCUUUGGGAACUCUUCCACAAGAGAGGCACCGAGAUGGUGAUCACCAAAUCCGGAAGGCGGAUGUUCCCCCCGUUCAAAGUGAGGUGCACUGGUCUGGACAAAAAGGCCAAAUAUAUUCUCUUGAUGGAUAUUGUUGCAGCCGACGACUGCAGGUACAAAUUUCAUAACUCCCGCUGGAUGGUGGCGGGGAAGGCCGACCCCGAAAUGCCAAAGAGGAUGUACAUUCACCCGGACAGUCCGGCUACUGGUGAACAGUGGAUGUCAAAAGUCGUCAAUUUUCACAAACUCAAGCUGACGAAUAACAUCUCCGACAAGCAUGGAUUUGUAAGUUCAACUAAUACCAUACUUAACUCGAUGCACAAAUAUCAGCCUCGGUUUCACAUUGUGAGGGCCAACGAUAUUCUCAAACUCCCGUACAGUACCUUCAGGACUUACGUUUUUCCUGAAACGGAUUUCAUUGCCGUGACUGCUUAUCAGAAUGACAAGAUAACCCAACUGAAAAUCGACCAUAAUCCAUUUGCCAAAGGAUUCCGUGACACGGGCAAUGGCAGACGGGAAAAGAGGAAACAGCUGGCCCUGCAAUCCAUGCGUUCAUACGAGGAGCAGCAGAAAAAGGAGAACGGCGCGUCAGACGACUCCUCUGGAGAGCAGGCUCCCUUUAAGUGCUUCGGCCAGGCCUCGUCCCCUGCCGUGUCUACCGCGGGCCCCCCACACCUGAAAGAUUUCUGUGACAGCGAUGAGGACAGCGACGAUGAGAGCAAAGAUGGACACAUCAAAGAUGGUCCGGACUCCAGCAAGAUUACAACAACCACGAAGGAUGGGAAGGAUCACGAUGGGAGCCCAGCUAAGGGUCAUCCCUUUAGUAACACUGACUCUGCCAGCAGGACGCGCGACAGCGGAGCCAGGACUGAGAAAAGUCAGGCAGACUCGCGGCAGAGCCCCAUCACCGUCAUCUCCAGCACCACCCGCUCUGGAGAAGACCUCAAGAGCCCGAGCCUGGACCAGCCCAAAUCGGACGAGUGCAGGUCGAUAAGCAAAGACAGUUUCAUGCCUUUGACUGUUCAGACUGACAGCCCGCACACAGCCCACGGUCACUUGCAUAAUUUUGGAUUUCCAACGGGCCUAACAGGACAACAGUUUUUCAAUCACCUUGGGAGCGCGCACCCGUUUCUCUUGCACCCCAGCCAGUUCAACAUGGGAGGUGCAUUCUCAAACAUGGCCGCGGGCAUGGGGCCACUAUUGGCAGCUGUGUCCACGGGAGGGGUGAGCACCAUGGACACGACUAGCAUGGCAUCGCCUUCGCAAAGCUUGACGGGAGCGCCAGGCUUGCCAUUUCAUCUGCAGCAACAUGUCUUGGCAUCACAGGGCCUUGCCAUGUCUCCGUUUGGCAGUUUGUUCCCCUAUCCGUACACGUACAUGGCAGCAGCCGCGGCAGCCUCCUCUGCUGCCUCCUCGGCGGUGCACCGGCACCCUUUCCUGAACGCAGUGCGCCCCCGACUCAGGUACAGCCCUUACUCCCUCCCCAUGACGGUACCGGACAGCACGCUGCUCACCACCGCCAUGCCCUCCAUGGCCGGCAGCGGGGCCGAGCUGAAAGGAGACGGCAUUGUCCCAGCCAGCCCCGUGUCUGGUGUCACCCUGGAUUCCACAUCGGAGGUGACCAGUCACUCGUCCACCAUAUCCUCCGGCUCGGUUUCCAUGUCCCCCAAAACUUGCACGGAGAAGGACGCCGCCAAUGAGCUGCAGAGCAUCCAGCGCCUGGUCAGCGGACUGGACUCAAAUCAGGACAGGCCACGGAGCGGGUCCCCCUAGGGAUUUCUUUUUUUUAAUUUUUUUUUUUAUACACACACCACCUGCUUCUCGUUUCGUUGUUGUCAUGAAAAGUGAAAAGUGUUGACGGUGAUGAAGACAUUAACAGUAGGAGGACGCUCUCGUAGAUAACAUGCAGGUUUUAAAAAUAAAAAAAGACAAAUAAAAAAGUUGGACGUUUUAGUUUCUGAAAUGCACUUUGGUUAAUACACAUCUGAUAUGUAUAUUUUUCUUUUAUUUUUUCCUUUUUUGUUAAAUUAAACAACACUUUUUAUCCUGUCAUUUGAAUACCAUACAAGUAUUGAAACUGAAAAAGUUGGCAUGGGUGUGACUUACAGAUUUAGGAGAAGUUGCUGCUGUGUCCUGUCUCCUAACUUUAUUGUACACGAGGAGAAAAUGUGUUUUAAUAUGCACUCUGAAUUGAUUUGACUUAUUUGAAUUCACUACCGUUUAACCUACCUUAUAAAGACUGCUGUAUUUUGUUGUACACUAAUAAUUGAUCGAUUGGCCAAAUGUUGCAUGCCCCCCUGAAAAAAAACCUAACGAAUGUUAUUUUAACACUAAAAAUUUAAACAAAAAGCAUAAAAAAAAUAUUUAGUUUGGAAUAUAAUUAACAACAUUCCCUUUGCUUAAGUUUCUUUUUAAUUAGGUGAACAAUUUUUAAGACAAAUUUGUUUUUCUUCAUGCCUUUUUGAAAUCAGAACAGGCCUAAUGACAUGACUGGUGCUGCGGGCCCAAGCAUGCGGAAUAUAGCCCAAAUGUCACACAGGCAAAGGGAAGCAGACAUUUAAAUAUUAAAACAAAAAGAAUGAAAGGUAGUAUUGAUUAAAAGGUGUACAUAGGGAUAUAUAAAAUAUUUAUGUAAUUAUUUCAUAUUGUUAUUGCGUGUAAAUACAACGGAGUAGUUUGUUUCUAGGGAUCUGUUCUUAAUUUAUUGUCGAUAUACCUGUGUAAAGAUAGUUUGUGGGCUAUUAUCCUUUUGUUGCCAUCUGCAUUUAUACCCCUCUUAAAAAUAUGGACUUAAUUCCUCCCCAAAUAUCCACUGAGCUAGUUAUUCACACUCAUGUGCCAUUGUAUUUUCAUUUGUUGUCCCUGUGUGUGAAGUGCUACUGUUUAAAAACGAAUGAAAAAGCGACAACGCACUGCACCAAUGGCUUGGAAUAAAAAAAAAUAUAAAAAAAUAUACAUAUUCUUUUGAGAAGAGCAAAAGAAGUGUCGUUGAAGUGUGACAAAAGUGGACUAUUUUUUUUCUGUUAUUAAAAUACUUUGCGAAACUGAUCGUACAAGUGCCGCAUAAUCGAAAAUAUGAAGGUUUCUUUUGUGUUUCUUAAAUUGUCAAUGGGUUAUGUAUUGGAGUUUUGUCUAGUUUACAACAUCGACAUCGUGUUCUUGAAAGUUUCAAUAAAAUAUUGAAAUGCCA